AGUAGCAGUAAGCCAACGACAAGUGCCGCCCCUCCAACCACACCCACGACUACUAGGAUCACGACUACCCCGAAGCCAAGCUCUUCCCCUAGCACGACCGAGCCGCCAAAGCCGACUACGGUGGCCUCUGUUUCCCCGUUCCAAAGCCCAACCUGCAUCCAAGAUUUCACUGACGCCAGGGUGCUGGUCAAUGGCACGAGCACCGAUCUGAGUUCGAUGGGCAUGACGGUGGAGAAGUGCAUUCAGCUCGCCCAGGGAUGGCAAUAUGCCGGUGUCGAGUACGGCGGCGAGUGCUGGUGGGGGGAUAGCCCCGUCAACCCGCAAGGGGCAAACGCGGGGGAUUGCAGCCAACCUUGUGCCGGCGACGCCGGCGAGCUCUGCGGCAACGGCAACCGUAUGAUCAUGUACCGAGACACGACUUGGGUGGUUCCCACCCGGCCAGACCUGGGCAGCCAGGUGCAGGAAUACUUGGGCGUAUUGGCCGAGCUGCAGCAGGCGAUACAGACGUGGAACGACCUCAUCCAGCAGGCGAUCGCGCAGCAGAACAGCGGCAGUGCCCGGGUGCGCCGCGCCGACAUUCUGACCCAGAUUGCCGAUGCCCGGGAGGCCAUCAUACGCCUCCAGGCAAGGUGGCAGCAGCUCACGGCCGCCAUCACACGGCACUUCAAGACAGGGGACAACUACCGGCUUUUGGAAGACAUCGAGAUGCAGGAUCUCGCCCAGGUAUACCCCCCCGUGGAGGAGCAGCUGGUGGCGAUUGCCUCGGAUGCUGCCGUAGUUGCCAACGUGGGGCUCAGCGCGGCCGCCAUCAUCGCACAGAAGGCUAUCACUACGCUUGGGAAGCCCAGAGUCAUCAGGGGCGGGAUCGUGGUCGUGGCAGCGACCGGCAUCUUCAAGAUCGGAUUCAGCCUCCUGGACAGCCUCGUCGGCGGCGAGGGGAACACGCCGCAGCCCUCCCAGUCCCUGCCGCCAACCAUGCCGCCGACGUCAACGUCAUCGGCGACCAGAACGUCCACUUCUCGGACCUCGUCGAGCACGUGCACCUACACGGAAGGGCCCACGCCCGUCAUCGUGGUCACCAAGAAGGGCACCACGCUCUCGCAGUUCCAGGAGCUGGUCAGCAGUCUCCCCGUCGACAAGGAGAGCGAGACGCUGACCGACUCGUACCUGCCGAACUGGGCCUACAUCGGCGAGAUGGACCGCUGCACGGCCGAGACGCUGUGGGACAAUCCGAUCGUGGAGGCCAUGACGCUCAACCGGCCCAUUGUGAUAUUCGAGAGCAACGACGUCGACCCGAACACCAUCAACCCCAAUGCCCCGCUGGCAAAGCGCGUUGUCGUGUCCAAGACGGACUACAACAACAGUACGGCCGACGCCCACCGACGACGGAGCCGCGGCUCGGAAGCCCCGCUGUCUGGACGCACCCUGGCCGGCGAUAAGCGCUAUGUCUACCAGUCCGGGAGCGGGACGCACGUCCGCUGGAUAGCGGGCCAGUCGCGGCAGAGGAGGAACCUCGGGCAGUUCUACGACUUCGAGGAGUACCUCUACGACGACAGGUCUCUGAAGCCGUCUGCGCCGCCUCGGAUCUACGUCGUCGACACCGCGUUCCUCACCACCCACCAGGACAUCUCGAGCCGGGUGAGGUCCGUGAUCGCCGUGAGCGGGAAUGCCGGUGAUGUGGACAGCAGCCACGGAACAUGCAUGACAUCCAUCGCGGCCGGGGACUGGACGGGCGUAUACAAGGACGCCGAUAUCGUCCUGGUCCAGGCCCGCUUCAACCAGGGCCAGCCCGCUGCAGCCGUCGACACCGUCAUCAAAGCGUUCGGUGCCAUCCUGCGAGACGUACAGGAGCUGGGACUGGGCGGGCAGGCUGUGAUCAGCAUGUCGUUUGGUGCCCCGGCCCGCUACCUCUGGUACGACGACGCCGAGCCCGCCUUCCAAGUGCACAACACGGACGCGAUCGGCGUGUACCUGCACGCGCUGUUCGAGCUGGGCGUCGCGGCGGCCGCGUCGGCAGGCAACCUGGCCAACAACGCGGACGCGGCCGACUUCGCGCGUCUCGAGGCGCACACGCCCCGCCGCAACGGCGGCGCCGACUCGCCCCUCGUCGUGGUCGGCAACGCCGACGAAUCCGGGAACCGCUACGUCACGUCUAACCACGUCGACACCCACGCCAGGGGCAUCCUGACCCUCUACGCCCCCGGCGUCGACGUCCUCUGCGCUGUCAAGACCGCCACCAACGCCUGGGGCAAGGAACCGCCCGGCACGUCGCAGGCCACGGCCGCCACGGCGGGGCUGAUGGCGUAUUUCCUGAGUGAUCCGGCCCUGAGAGCGCAGUUUACCGCUGGCGGGGUGGGGAAUAUGCCCAUGCGGCUGAAGCAGUACCUUAUCGACGUGUCGACGCAGCAGAAGGGCAUUGGUGGGUGGGGGGAUCAGUUCACGGAUACUCUUCCGCGGCUGUCGAGCGGGGAGAAUGUCGAGUGUGGUGGUGGUGGUGGUGGCGGGAGCGUGGUGCAGGGCGCGCCGCCCGUGCCGGGUUACGUGAGCCCGCCGGAGACGGCGUUUGGGAGGGCGCUGACGACGGUGCCGGUAUCGAGCGGGCUGACUGUGGUUUUGCCUGAGGCUUUGAGGCCGCUGUGUUAUAACCGUCAAUAAGAGCGAUAGGAGGCUGGUUCGAGUUUAUCGAAGAUCAAGCUAUAUCCGGUACAAGUAAUCUACCAUGUUAGUCUGUCUGGACGGAGCU